ACCAGUGAGGGCUUGUGUCACAGACAGUGUCCCGCAGUGAUUGGCCAGUUUGAUGUGACAGGCGCAGCAGGGUUGUGUGUGGCUGCUGUGUGAGUUUGGUUUCGUUUCCCCAGCUCUCCAGAAGUGAAUCAAAAUAUCAGUGGAAAUUACUACGUUAGGUACAGUAGGAGCUUCAUACCCCACUAUCAUUAUUCCGUUGGCGCAGCCAUCCCCGCUGUCUCCGUGAAGCAGAGGUCACCGCUUCGCCUGAAUGUAUGGCAGGCACAGUGGAAGUUUGAGAUCUGAGACUCAUCAUCCAGUCUCAAUGGUCUGAGCAGGAUUUUGAUUCUGGAUGUAAGGAGAACCGAGCCUCAGGGUUCCCCCCCCCCGACAUAUUUCACCUAUGCCGGAUCUCUGAUCAAAGGGCCCCGGGCCCCCUGCCCUCCAUGCUCCACGUGUGUGAACGCCAUGCUCAUUACCCUCUGCUACGUGUAUUUGUGGCUGCGCUUACGCUCGUCUUAUGCUUUACUGAUCAGGAGCUGUGUGCGUCAGCUACACCGGAGCAGCUCCUUCACCUUCUGCACCCAGCGCCAGGAACAGGGGAGAAAGAGCCAUAGCGGACUGCAGGAUAAGUUCUGCCUGAAGGUGGGCGACAAAGCCUUCCUCAUUGACCGUUCUCAGCUCUUUGAAGAUUUGAACAAGUGGAACCUGUUAUUGGGAUCCCAUAGUGAUAAGGAUCUUGGAGUGGGGCGAAUCGCCUUCAUUACUGAGAGUAUUUCCUUACCCAGUGGCCUGUUAUCUGCAGCAGCAUCACACCCUUCCAAAGAGGUUCUGAAGCUGUCUGAAUAUUGUUUGCCGCUGGCGCUGUGUCAUGGAGACUCCUCCAGGCUCUUGGCGGAAGCAAGCGUGGAUAAUUUCAGCGAGCUUGGCAUAGCAUUCAUGGAAGAUCGCUUGCAGAUGGACAAUGGAUCACUGCUCCAGAAGAUUACCUCUGUGCACCUACGAGAGUCGUCUGUGAAUAAGGAAGAAGCAGUAGAGGGAGGAGCUCUGUAUUCAGCUCUGAACAAGUCCACGCAGGAACUAAAGCUGACAUCCUCGGAGGAGGGGGGUACAGAAGAAAUGGGGAUCACUGAGAGCACUGAGAAUCCUACUGGCCAAAAUCCAAAUUUAAAUGAUGAAACUGACCCAAAAAAGAACGAGGAGGCCAAGGGAGAACAUCUCCACCUGCACCUGUCCAGCUGCCACGAGUGCCUGGAACUGGAGAGCUGCACCAUAGAGUCUGUGAAGUUCGCCUCGGCAGAGAACAUUCCUGAGCUCCCAGAUGACUUCAGUAGCCUGGAAGACAGUUCAGAUAUGGGGUUUCUUAAAGAGACCUCAAGCCUCAAUAAGAGUGGAAAACCACCCAACGUUCUCAUAUAUGGUGAUUCCACGUCUCAGGACCACUUCCAGAAUAUCAAAUCUGUUCUUCAGCAGUGCUUUGAUUCAUGCAGGUAUGUGAUCUACCCUCUCCCGGAGGAACAAGCCCUCAGGGCUCCAUGGAUGGAUAACUGCUUGUUACUGGUUGUAGCCGCUCAGGAGCCCAUACCCUCUAACAUUCACCAGCUGUUCACGUCUUACCUGGGGAAAGGUGGGAAGAUCCUGGGGCUGUCCUCUUCUCUCACGUUUGGCAGCACGGUCCUUAAAAGGAAACCUGAACUGCAGGGAUCUGUCCAGGAAUUUGUUUUCGACAGUCCCAAUGGCAGCCAAAUCCAGCUGAGCGUCCUGGCCAGUGGCUACGUGUAUGAGGAACACUUUGAAGGGUCUUGUGAUGAGGCGAAUCUAUGGGGUUAUUUAGACAAUGACCGUCGGGAUGUGAUGAUGGUCCACCAGACGUAUGGACAGAGUGCUGGAGAAGCCGUCCUGUGCCAGGUCAGGUUGGAGCUGCCUCCUGAGUCUCUAACGGACCAAGAUAAGGGAACCUUUGAUGCUCUGAAGCUGAGUAACUCCCAGAGGCACGAGGUGCUGACACAGAUCCUCAUCAGCCUUGGUCUGGAUUGUGAAGCCAGCACCUCUCCCUCUCUCACACCGGUCUACCUGCUGACUGCACAACCGGAUAAGCAUCUUGAUGCUCUCCAGUGGUUACAGUCACAAACAAACAAGCAGGGUGUAAUCAAAUCUAGCAAGAUGUCUCUGAAAGUCUGCGAGUCUCCCCAACAUGACGUGGACAUCACCCCAUCUCUAGCUCCCCUCAUCCCUGGAGAAGACUGCUUUGUGUCUGACGCUUUCAGCCUGGAGAAGUAUAGAGAGAACCUGCAAACCGAGAAGCUGGGCAGGAUUAUUCUGUAUGCAGACGUCACCACCUCCACGUUCCACCUGCUGGAAGGGCUGAUGUUUCACGAACCAAAGGAAAUGGGGUUAAUCGCUAUUGCGACUCAACAGACUCAAGGCAAAGGUCGCGGUGGGAACGUCUGGCUCAGCCCGAAAGGAUGUGCCUUAAUGACAUUACUCAUCUCUGUCCCUCUGUCCUCGCAGCUGGGACAGAGAAUCGCCUUCGUCCAACACCUUAUGGCUUUGGCUGUGGUGGAGGCUGUGAGAUCCAUGCCUGGAUACGAGGAUAUUGAACUGAAAGUGAAAUGGCCGAAUGAUAUUUAUUACGGUAACUUGAUGAAGAUCGGGGGAGUCCUGGUGAACUCGACGCUCAUGGGAAAUACGUUUCAUAUUCUGAUCGGCUGCGGCUUCAACGUCAGCAACAGUAACCCUACAAUCUGCAUCAACGAUCUCAUCUCAGAACAUAACAGGAGAUAUAAAACAAAUAUUGAUCCUCUUAGGGUGGAUGUGUUGAUCGCGCGGUCGGCGAGUGCGCUGGAGAAGCUCAUUGCUAAAUUUCAGAUGGAAGGACCCAACGGCGUUCUGCCCACGUAUUACAGAUAUUGGGUACACAGUGGGCAGCAAGUACAGCUGGGUGGUGAGGAUGGCCCUAGGGCCUGGAUCGUUGGGCUGGAUGACUCUGGAUUCCUCCAAGUUCUUCAGGAAGGAGAAGAAGUUGUCACUGUCCAUCCGGAUGGAAACUCUUUUGACAUGAUGAGAAACUUGAUUAUACCAAAGCGCUAAUAACCUGGACAUAAGACUUCCCCGGAGCGUAGACAUUCCCAAAAGCAAUGACUUGCAUUGUCGCUUUUUUAAAAUAAUUGCUGUUUUUCUUUUUAAUACCACAUGGAGGGUUUAGCUUGUGGGGUUCUUCUCUCUAGGUUGGAUGUACACAAUACCUUUGUUGGUUCCAUACGGAUGACAUUUUAUCCUGGGCACCUGCUCCAUGCUGGGAAAUCACUUGGUUAAUAUCAUGUUAUUGCUGUCAGCCCGUCAAGAUAUUCACUCAUGCAUUUACUUACAGGAUGUUUUGGGUGUGCUCACUGAUGGGAGAAUUGUAUUCCAGAAGACAUUAAAUGAAAAUAUGCAACUAACACAAA